AACUGCACUUCUCUCCUCCUCCUCUGAUAACCCAGAGCUGCUUCUGUACGUCACUCCUUCAUUUCUCUCAUCCUCCGCUCAGCGAACAUCCCCUCCAGCAGCACUAUGGACAGCACACUAUCAGCAUACUCUGACAAGCUGAGAGAGAUGUCGGUGUUGUCUCUCAUCUGCUCCUGUCUGUAUAAUCAGCCGCAUCCCAACACCUUCGGCCAGUUUGAAGAUAUGGAGGUGAAGUCUCUGAAUAAGCGAGCGUCCGGCCAGGCGUUUGAGGUCAUCUUGAAGAGUCCGACUGACCCGUCUCCAGAAAGACCCCAGACACUGGCACUGCCACCCCAGAGGAAGGAGCCCUCGCUGGGGGAGCUGCAGAGGAGGCUGGAGGCCGCAGAGGCCAGGCGCAGGUCCCAGGAGAAGCAGGUCCUGAAGCAGCUGGCGGAGAAGCGCGAGCGGGAGAAAGAGGUGCUCACUAAAGCUCAGGAGGUCAACAACAACUACAGCAAGAAGACGGAGGAGAAACUCAACCAUAAAAUGGAGAUGAUCACAGAAAACCGCAUGGCCCGUCUCAAUGCUCUCAAGCAGCGUCUGAGAGAGAAGGAGAUUCACGCCGAAGAGGUGCGCAAGAAUAAGGAGCUUAACACUGAUCUUUCUGGUUAAGGACACUGUGGAGCCAUGAGACGUCCAGUAAAGACAGCAGUUGGGCAGCAGUUUCUCAUUCUUUGGCCACACUGUCUUAAGAGGUCAUAUCAAACUCACUCACCAUACCAGUUUUCCUUACCAGUAAACAUCUCUCUCACACACACACACACACAAACACACACAAACACACCAUGUAGAAAAAAAAGUAUGUGAAUCCCCAAAUGCCAAAGCCAUACUUAUUGGAUAUGUAUUUCAGAAAUAUGGGCAUUAAGGGUGCUUUGACAUCUGUCGAUUGGUCCACACCAAUGACAAAUGAAAUGAUUCAUCCUAGCAUUUUAAGUCAUUUCGUUUCCUUGUGACAGCACUGAUUGCUUUGGCCUGAAACAAACCAACAUACUGUUAUGAGACAACAUCUACAUCACUUAAAUUUCUUACAUUUAAUUUGGAUUGAUCAAAAUUUGAGGCUCUCUAAUUGCUCACAACUGCAACUGCUGUGGAGCAAAACUGCUAAAGCACAAACCGUCAACACACUUCUCAAUCAAUGCUUUGUGAUUCGUAGAUUAAUAAUUGUGGAUUCUUUCUGCAAUCGAUUCUGAGUGCUCUAGGCUAGUCUUAACAGCAGAUGGUGCUGUGUGCUAGUUUUAAGUGCAGACAGUGCUCUAGGCUAGUUUUAACAGCAGAUGGUGCUCUAGGCUUGUUUUAACAGCAGAGGGCGCUCUAGGCUAGUGUUAACAGCAGACGGCGCUCUAGACUAGUUUUAACUGCAGACAGUGCUCUAGGCUAGUUUUGACAGCAGAUGGUGCU